AUGUCUGAGGAUAAGGUUGAGUCUUGUGGCUUCCAGGAGCCCUUGGUGGGUGUCCCAAGUUGGGGCUGUGUCAGGCGACGUAAAGGCCAUGCCAGAGGGAAAGCUGCCCUCAGUCUCCAAGAUGCCUCCCACUGGCCAAGCACAAGAGGACUGAAGAAGACAGAUAGCUCUUAUGAGACAGUCCUUGAAGAUCAGUCUCCAGACAGGGGGCUGGGCAAUGAAGGUCAGGCCAGUGAGCCAGGAAAAGGAAAACAAUCCCUUUCUCACUCUGCUUCUAUGUCUGUCUUCGACUGUGGGCUUGCACUGUCAGUGACUGAGUUCAAUGCUCACCUCAUCCCAAAACAGCACCCAGGGAGAAAAGUCCUGAUUUGUCAUGAAAGAUAUGUGACCAUCACAGAAGAAAAACUGUACUCUCUUGAUCUUUUUAAUAUUCUGUUCUCCUAUUGGCCACCUAUCCUCAAACUUCCUCCAUAUUUGUUGGAAUUAUCUGAGCAGGUGGAGGUGUGGAAAUGCCAGCCAGUCAGAAAGCAGAAUAUUAAAAAGGUCAACAUCAUACAGAUUUCUGCUAGAAGCCCUGGUGACACACAAGUACCCACAUGGAGACCAGAUCUCUAUCUUCAGCCACAGGAUCCUGGUUACUGGGUGAAGAUUCAUCACUUGGAGUACACAGAUGGAGGAAUUCUGGAUCCAGAUGAUGUCUUGGCAGAUGUUGUUGAAGACAAAGAUAAGCUGAUUGCUGUGUUUGAGGAACAAGAACCACUCCACAAGAUUGAGAGCCCCAGUGGAAACCCUGCAGAUCGGCAGAGCCCAGAUGCUUUGGAGACAGAAGUGGCUGCCCAGCUGGCUGCAUUUAGACCAAUCGGUGGGGAAAUUGAAGUAACCCCUUCUGCUCUGAAAUUAGGCACUCCAUUGCUGGUGAGGAGAAGCAGUGAUCCAGCACCUGGGCCACCUGCUGAUGCCCAGCCAAGAGCUUCAUACCCGGAUGGCCAGAGUGUGAGACCUGUUGUUUCAGAUUCCACACCGAACUUGGAAGACAGAGAAGUAAUGAGCAGUGUGCCGACAGAACUUCUAACAUCGCCAACAACGAAGGAUGCAUUGAGUGACAUGACAAGAACAGUGGAGAUUUCUGGGGCAAGAGGCCCCUUAGGAAUACAUGUAGUGCCCUUCUUUUCAUCUCUAAGUGGAAGGAUCCUAGGACUCUUCAUCCGAGGCAUUGAAGAAAACAGCAGGUGCAAGCGUGAGGGACUCUUUCAAGAAAAUGAAUGCAUUGUAAAAAUCAACAAUGUGGAUCUCACGGACAAAUCUUUUGCUCAGGCUCAAGAUGUCUUUCGCCAGGCAAUGAAAUCCCCACAUGUGCUCCUCCAUGUGCUUUCACCACAAAACCGUGAACAGUAUGAAAAAUCAGUCAUUGGACCGCUUAACAUUUUUGGUAACAAUGAUGGCAUUUUGAGAACAAAAGUGUCACCUCCUGUCCAUGGGAAAUUGGGACUAAAGACAGUAAAUCUCACAGGAACAAAUAAUCCUGAAGCAGAGACAUCAACUUCCCUACAACAGAGCAAGAGCCCCAGAGUACCAAGACUAGGAAGAAAGCCUUCCUCUCCCUCACUUUCCCCUCUCAUGGGGUUUGGCAGCAAGAAAAAUGUAAAGAAAAUUAAAAUUGACCUAAAGAAAGGUCCCGAAGGACUUGGUUUCACUGUGGUUACCAGAGAUUCUUCCAUUCAUGGUCCGGGUCCCAUUUUUGUAAAAAAUAUUUUACCAAAGGGAGCAGCAAUAAGAGAUGGCCGCCUUCAAUCAGGGGACAGAAUUUUGGAGGUAAAUGGCAAAGACAUCACUGGAAGGACACAGGAAGAGCUUGUGGCCAUGCUGAGGAGCACCAAACAGGGAGAGACAGCAUCACUGGUUAUUGUCCGCCAGGAAGGAAGUUUCCUGCCCCGAGAACUGAAAGGAGAACCUGACUGCUAUGCACUCUCCCUAGAGAUGAGUGAGAAACUCACGUUUGAGAUCCCCCUGAAUGACUCUGGCUCUGCUGGCCUUGGGGUGAGCUUGAAAGGGAACAAAUCUCGAGAAACUGGAACAGACUUGGGAAUCUUUAUUAAAUCUGUUAUCCAUGGAGGUGCUGCUUUUAAGGAUGGUCGCCUGCGAAUGAAUGACCAGUUGAUUGCAGUUAAUGGGGAAUCUCUUCUGGGAAAGUCCAACCACGAAGCUAUGCAAACACUUAGACGAUCAAUGUCUAUGGAAGGAAACAUCCGAGGGAUGAUCCAAUUGGUGAUUCUGAGGAGACCAGAGAGACCAACAGAGGAGGCACCUGAGUGUGGGGCAUUUUCCAAGCCAUGCUUUGAGAACUGUCAAAAUGCCCUAACCACCUUCAGCCGAAAUGAGAGUGGUAUAUUACAGUCCUUUGACAGUUACAGUCUACAAGAUAAACAGAAAGACCUGGUUCUGCCCCGUGACGAGUGGGGUGAGUGUGAAGUCCUACCAUCACUCCCACCGCAUCCCACCCUGGAAUUGGGCCUUGAAGAUUACAGCCACAGCUCUGGGGUGGAUUCAGCAGUAUAUUUUCCUGAUCAGCACAUCAACUUCAGAUCCGUGACACCGGCCAGGCAGCCUGAAUCAAUUAACCUUAAAGCCUCAAAAAGCAUGGACCUUGUAGCAGAUGAAAGCAAAUUACAUUCGUUGGCUGGACCCAGACCGGAAUCUCCAGGCAAAGAUUUUGGUCCAACCCUGGGAUUGAAAAAGUCCAGUUCCUUGGAGAGUUUGCAGACUGCUGUGGCUGAAGUCAGGAAGAACGAACUCCCCUUCCACAGACCUUGGCCACAUGUGAUCCGAGGCCGAGGCUGUAAUGAGAGCUUCAGGGCAGCCAUUGACAAAUCCUACGAUGGACCGGAAGAGCUCGAUGCUGAUGGACUGUCUGAAAAGAGCUCUCACUCAGGCCAAGGGGCUCUGAAUUGUGAAUAUGCCCCUCAGGGGAACUCUGAGCUAGAGGACUUGGAAAACAAAACCAGGAAAGCCAAAAAACUGAAAGACAAGGAGAAGAAAAAAGAAAAGGGCAAGUUGAAAUUCAAGGAUAAAAAGCAGAAAGAAGAAAAUGAAGAUCCAGAAAGAAAAAUAAAGAGGAAGGGAUUUGGUGCCAUGCUAAGAUUUGGAAAGAAGAAAGAUGCUAAGAGUGGAAAGGCUGAGCAGAAAACUGCACCACCAAAGCAAGGGAACCUGAGAGAGGAGGAGUUGGAGAAGAUGAAGGAGGAGCAAGAACGGAUUGGAGCAAAACAUCAAGAGCUAAGAGAAAAGCAGGCAAGAAGUCUUCUCGAUUAUGCUACUGCUACAAUUGGAUCAGUGCAUGACAUGGAUGAUGAUGAAAUGGACCCCAAUUAUGCCAGAGUGAACCACUUUCGGGAACCAUGUGCAUCAGCAAAUGUCUUUAGAUCUCCAUCUCCUCCUCGGACUGGACCAUUUGGUUACCCUAGAGACGACCGUCCACUGUCUCCAGAGAGGGAUCACUUAGAAGGUCUCUAUGCCAAAGUCAACAAGCCAUAUAAUCCACCAGCUCCAGUUGACAGUGGUCGCCCCUCAGGAGGAAGCACUGACCGCAUCCAGAAGCUGCGAAAGGAGUAUUAUCAAGCUCGCAGGGAGGGCUUCCCUUUAUAUGAAGACGAUGAAGGAAGAUCAAGGCCUUCUGAUUUUGAUCUUCACUGGGUGUCUGGAAAGAGUCCAGAUGGGAAUGCACACAACCUCCGCUUCGAGGGGAUGGAGAGACAGUAUGCUUCUUUACCCAGGGGGGGACCUGCAGACCCUGUGGACUAUCUGACAGCAGCGCCUCGAGGGCUCUACAAGGAAAGGGAGCUUCCAUAUUACCCAGGGGCUCAUCCUGCCCACCCUUCAAAAGGGGGCUAUGCCUGCCCCCCAGAUCUGAGGGUGACAGAUCUCCGGUACCCUCAGUACUACCCACCCCCACCAGUCCCCCAGCACAAAGGACCCUUCCGACAAGACGUUCCACCUUCUCCUCCUCAGCACCAAAGAGUGCUAGCCUAUCAGGAAAUGGGCAGAGCAGGGCCACGAGGGGGCAGCCCCGACCAGCACCCCUACCGAACCCAGGAUCCCCGGCAGAAGAACCCCAUGACUGCAGCCGUAUAGCUGAACAUCACCAAGACCUCACUCAGCAAGGAAGAGGUCUGAAGCCACUUUGCACUUCCUACACCUCAAGGCCUUCUCCUCAU